AUCCAUCCCACAGGCUCCUAAUACUUACAGCCACAUUGUUUAGAGCGGUUAAAGCGCACAGAGAGGUUCAAAAUAUUCGGGCUGCACUACGAGAGGAAGGAUGCAUUGCACGACAAUUCUUGCGGCCGCCAUAUUCUGUACAGCUGUAAGCAGCCAAGAAUAUGCUGGAUCCUCACAGUGCGGCUGUCUCGAAGUACCAGCGACGGGCACAAGACACAAAGACCAAUUUUGUAGACCCCACCUCACAAUCCCGUCAGAACGUCACAGGCACCGCAGUUGUGUCUGCAGACCAGGACUUGUACGGAAUGCUUGGGGUGACUGCAUAACCAAGCAGGAAUGCACGAGCUGCAAGUGCUUCAGAGACAGAGACUUCAACGUGUGCGGUCGGGAGUGCCCAGCGGUGUGCAACGAGCCGAUAAGCAGAUCAUGCUCUAAAUCGUGCGCAUUUGGGUGUGACUGCCGGCCUGGUUUCGUCCGGAGCUCAAGGCACCGAGGUCGCUGCGUCAAGGCAGAGAAGUGUGCUCUUUCAUGCCCGCCAUUUUCGAGGUUCGAGUUCUGCAGGUCUACCUGUGCGCCUAAGUGCGGCAGACGUCCACGAAAGACUUGCGUCACACGUUGUACAAGGGGCGACUGUGUCUGCAAUCACGGUUACGCCGAGGUUAAGCACAACGGCGAGACUAUUUGCGUGCCACAAGAUCAGUGCUCUCAAUAUUUGCAGCUGGCGCCAUCGAUAACACCUGGUGGUAACGGAAGCCUAGGUGGUGGAAUAAGCUCUGGAGGAUCUGUAUUCGUGCCGGGUGCGCCAUCGAUACCAGCGCACCCAGGAGGUGUUUCGGGAGGUGCUGCUGGUACACCGGUACCAGGUUCAGUUGGCAUUAAUGGUAGCCUAGGUGGUGGAGUUAGCUCUGGCGGACCUGUAUUCGUCCCGAGUACGCCAUCAGUAUCAGUAACCCCAGGAAUUGUUACGGGAGGUGUUUCGGGAGGCACAGCAGGUACAUCUGUACCAGGACCAGUUGGCGUUGGUGGUGCAUCGCCUAUCCCGAGUGUCCCUGCGGUAGGCACUGAUAGUAUAGUCCCAGUAGGAGGGGGAAGUCAGCCGGGAUCCUUCGGCACUGGCGGCAUGUUACCAGUUCCCGGUGCUAAUGGCGGAGUCAGCGUGGGUACAUACCCACAAGGAGGUGCAGCUGCUCGACCACCGGGAUCAACAGACGCUCAAGGCCGACCUCCAAUUGGUACUAAUGGAUUCGGCAACGCUGGUGGUAGUAUAUUCACCAGUAGCAUAGGGCCAAAUGAUUCCAUGGAGUCUGGCGAGGGCAGCGCCGUCGAUGCUAGAGGCAUUCCCCAGCAUUUAGGUGAAAGUUCAACAGGAGGUGUUCCAGCAGCUACUGGAACCAUCCCGUCAAAUGGUAAUUCAGGAAUGGGCAGUGUUGCUGGUGGGCUACACUCAAGCACCGUACCGCCAAAAGUUACUAUACCUGGACGAGUUGGAGGAAUGAGCACAGGGGUUUUAGUUCAUGGCGGUACUGCAUCGCCUUUUCCAAGUCGACCUGGAGGAAAUAUAGAAAGUACACAUUCAUCCGGCUCAGCAGUGAUGGGACCGAACGGCAUGCCUGCAGUUACAACACCGGCACCUGCGCAGAGCACUCCUGGAUUCGGAAGCGUUACAGGCGGUGGCUUCGUAACAGGAAGAAACGUAACAUCUAGUACGGUUAGCGCCAUACCAUCCGGGGUCUCUUUACCAUCUGGCAUCCCCACUCCAGGAGUCGUCAUAGUGACUAGUGGUCUACCUGCUAAUGGAGGCAUCGCCCAAGCCUACCCUGGAACGAAUAUUGCGAGUACAUUGCCAUCCACUGUGACAGGAAGUACACCACCGACCGUCGGAAUACACGGAGUGGGUGGCCCAACAAUUGGUAGUACUGCGUCUGCUCUAACAGGCGGUGUUCUCAUAACUUCAAGCCCACUGUCAUCAACAGCCGCAAUAUCUGCAGGUGGUGCUCCAGCAGUUAGUCCAGGAAGUGGGAACUUAGGAGGUGGAGGAAAUCUGGUUGGACUUCCGGCUGGUUCAAAUUCCGCCAUCACUCCCACAUUUCCAGUUGCAGCAGCAGGUAGUACUCUAACACAUUCUGGCGCAGUAGGUGUAGGAAAUGCAUUGCACUCGGGAAUAGCCGCAGGCACUGCUGUUACAGCACCCUCUACCAUUACGGGGACAGUAUCCUCUACUGUAGGGCCCUCUUCGUUUCCACCGACAGUGGGAAUUGCUGGCGCAUCAGGUAGUGGAAGUAAUUUGGGUGCGGCCACUACAGGUCACGGAGUCUCUGUUACAAGUCAGCCGGUGACAACUGGGCUUGGAGCUUCGAGUACCGUACCCGCCGGCACUGCAGCUAUGAAUGCAGCCGCCAUAGGUGGGGCACUAGUAGCCGGAAUCCCAGCCAUUACCGGAAGUGUUGCAGGAGCGCGUGCUUCAGGAGUCGCUGGUAUUAACAGCGCUGCCCACCAUUCUGCACCGUGUGGUACCCCUGGUUCACCAUGCCCAAACGCUGUGCGCUCUUUCACGAACAGCACGGGAUGACCAGGAUGCGUGUAAUCUCUACAAAACAGCUGUAUGUUGGCUACUAAGGGUAGUAAUUUUGCUUAUGCAGACAAACGCGCAUUAAUAACAUUUGGCGGCGCCCUUUCUAAUAUAGUACCAAUAGCAAAUCUUCAUUGCCUGAAGGUGAUUGUGGCAUUAGUGGCGCAGGGCUCUAGUAUUCUGCGCUAGCAACCAGGCCUUUAAUGCUCGUUCCUUGGUAUUUGCCCCAAUUUGUGGGAAAUGACUACAUAGAUCAAUAGCAGUAACACCGACACGAAGGAACCAAAAUGCGCUGUUGAAACAAUACGUAUACGGGAUACACCUGAAUUUCGGCACCACUGAGCAUGCGCAUCGGUUAAUGUUUCUGAUUUUCAUAGUAAUUCAUAUUUCCAAGCAGUAUUUACGAAUUGUAUGAGCACGAGAGAAACUAAUUUUAAUAAAUUUAUAGU